AAUGGGUCAAAAUAAUUGUACUCCUAAUAUUCCAGGAUUGGAAAACUGUUAUGCAAGAUACGAAUAAACAGAUGAAAAUAAAUAUCCUUAUUUAGUAGCAAAUAAACAUAGAUUGGCAGAAUCACAAAAUUCAUAAAUCUUUGAAUUAUAUCAAAAAUAAUAAGAUCAACUUAGAUGCUAUUUACAGAAUUCUCGUUAACUCUCUUAAUCUACUAGACGUAAUUAUGAAUUUGAAGGAAGAUUUCUUAAACUUCCAUCACAUCUCAUCUGUCACAUUAUGUAUUUUGUUAUCGAUGAUUAUAUCAACUUAUUACUUGUUAAUACUUUAUGGUAUACAAGAUUAAAUGAAGCCUUUUCAAAGACCGUUAGUAUUGUUGAUGAAAAAUUUUAACAAUCACAUUCUUUUUUUAAAUUAAAGUAAUCCAAAAAUGCCUUUUAAACUUUUCAAUUUGGAAGACAACAAGGUUUUAGAUUGGAUAGAUGUUUAAUAGCAGAAAUCACUCCUGGAGUUGAAAGUAGCAUAUAAUAUUUAUUUGAGAUUCAAUUAUCAAAAUAUCAUAUACAUAUAUAUGUAAAGGACAAGAAAAAGCUGUUUGUUACAAAUUUGGAAUUUUGAGAAAGAAUACAAUAAGAACUAUUUGGAUUGGAGUAGAUUAAAGCACUGUAAUAGUAUAUUAUAUAUAGAUAGAAUAUAUAUGAUAAAUAAACAGUUCCUGUUAUCUAGCCAGUCUUACCCUUUUGUGUUGGAGACUACAUCAAAAUUCCAUUUACUCUAUUGAAUCUUUAAGGAUAAGUCAAUUUAUAAAGUAUUAAAUGGAAUAAACCAUAAAUUGAAAAACUUGAUGUAGGUAUUUUUGGAAGUAAUUAAUAUAAUCUAUAAUUUAAUAGAUCCAAAACAUAUUACAAUGUAGCCACCCCUUAGAUUUGAACCUAAAGAUGCCGAUUGGACUUUAUUUCAAUACUUUGAUCAUCCAAUGAAGAAAUGCUUUGAUAAUUUCAAGCAAAUAAAAUUGAGAGAGUGUAGAUGUUGUGGUAAUGGGUUAGUAAUUAAUCGUAUGAAUUAUACUUGUAUAUCGGAGGGUCUUCUUAUGAUUCCUUAAUUAAAUAUGAAAAUAAUUGUCAAAUAAGGUUGCAUUACUAAUUAGGUAAAUAGAGCAACUGUUAGUUAUGAAUUAGAUAAUACAUUGGAACUAAGAAUAGGAGAUCUUUUAACAUUGUACUACCUAAGAGGAGGUGAUUCUUGA